ACUACAACGAAUUUGUGACAUUAGUCUGUGGUACGCAAUAAAAUUAAACGGUUCGGUUUCCAGAAUCGGUAAUACAAAUGUAGAAUAUAUUGAAAGUUUCAAUGGAAAAUACAUAUAAAAAAUUUGGAAUAUAAACAUAUUUCAUGUUCCAACCAACAAAUGUUUAAAAAAGAAAAUAAAACUUUUAUAAAAAUUAAAAGAUUUGAGAAAAAUAAUUCACAAUAAGAAAUAAGUGGCAAAGUGUAUAGACAUUUUCAUUGAAAAAAAAAAAACACAUUUCAAUUCAAAAACACAAUAAAAUGCUUCCAAAGCAUUUUAUCUUCUGUUUCGUGUGUUUCCAUAUUUUUGGUGUUUUCACAAAUUGCCUGUCCCUGAAUCUAAACCAAUCAUCUGCAAAGCUAGCGGUUUUAAAAAAUGUAGUCAAAUUAACGGAUACCCUACUUGAAGUCUCGCCCCUCCUGAACAUCACCAUCUCUGGUGUACCGCCCAAUUGUGUGCAGAUGCUAUGCAAAUUUGUUUGCUUUAAUGGACGCUCAACGGAAAUUGAUCAUGACAUAGAUAUUGUGUCCAAGAAAAAUAACUACACCUGUGAGCGCAUUGAGGAACUCCGCCUGUACAACUAUGAAUUUCCCGAUGGACAUUUGUACUAUGGCUUUCUCGGUUCGUAUGGCAAUAAGGUGGAUACCCUAUAUCUGGCCUCUUCCAAUAUAAGCGAUGUGGCGGCCGGUAGCUUUGCCAAUGGCAUAUUUCAGAGAAUCUAUUUUGAAGAUUUGAAAUUGAAAGAGCUAAGAAAAGAUUUCUUUGAGGGCAUUAGUCGAGACUUUCGCCUGCUGUCGAUAAUACAAAAAGAGAAACCCUUGAAAGUGGUUAAUGCGGAUUUUUUGGACUAUGUGAAGUAUCAGAUAAAACAUCUGACCAUGCAAGUGGGCCUGGCGUGUGUUCGCAAUUUGACUGGCAGUGAUAAUUUGUUGAACAGCUUGAUUUAUGUGGAUUUCAGUUUCAAUGAUUUUGGGGAUCAUUUUAGCGAUAAAAUGUUCAGCAAAGUGUCGAUGGUGGAACAUAUUGAUUUGUCGCACUCGAAUUUGGAAUAUGUGCCACCCUAUGCUUUUGCCGAGGUUGCCGACACUUUGGAAUAUUUGGAUUUGUCCUACAAUAAGUUGAAGACCAUAUCGCGUACGAUAUUUGGUUGGCAUGAUAUAUCCAGGGAUCUGAAAAUCAUUGCCAACGACAAUGAGUGGGAGUGUUCGUGUGGCCUGCAAAAGGAAAUGAAGGAUAUUUUUGUGUAUCAGACCACAAAGCUGACAUGUGCCACACCGGCCAAUUGGUCGGUGUUUGAUGAUCGUAUCUGUGGAAUAUAUGAAAUUGAAAGUGGGACCACAUUGAUUAUGGAGUCCGAUGAAUCUUCUUCGAUGGAAGGCGUUAUAAAAGAAGAAGAGGAUGAGGAGGGGAACACUCUCAUGGUAUCUACAACAAUUGGCGCCCCAUAUGAAAGCAUACCCAUUGCACCCAUUUGGCCAGAUUAUGGUAAUCAAGUACCAUCUACACCCAUGCGUCCAGAUUUAGUUGAACUGAGAUGUUGGGCAGGAGGAAUGGACAAAUCCAGGAAUGAGAGGCGGGAGGAGGAGGAGGAGGCUUUUGUAAAACAAACUCUAAAACAGCCAGUGGUGGAAUUUCAAUUGAUGCCCAGAGAACAGCUAAGCGUGGAUGUGGUCAUAGAAAAUGUCCAAGAAGAAGAGGACGAAGCUACAGAAUCUUCUUCUUCUUAUUCAUCCUCCGCGGACAGCUCAUUUUCUGCAGCCUCGCUGGAAUCUUUGAACAAAACCGUUGGCCUCAUUUGGUUUAGCAAGGCCACCACCCAGUACAAUAAAAUGGAAAUCAACUACAAUGAGUACGGCCUGGGUUGCUACUAUUCCAUAUCCACUCGGAAUACCGUCACCGAACUAGUACCCAAUGUGGCCUACACCUUUUGCAUUAUUCUCAAGAAUCAAUUGACCAUAUCCCCGUUCAACUGCAAGUCCAUACAUGUUAGCGGUAAUCUGUCGGUGCAGAGCAGUGCCUGGCUGACCAGGGACAUGAAAGUGACCGGAUUGUCCUUGGUUAUCUUUGGUAUCAUUAUGUUCUCCUUUGCUGGCAUUCUAAUGAUCUAUUUGCUGCUGAAGAAGAAACCAAUAUUACUGAAGGGCAGCAAAAGGGUGACCACGGUGGGGCCGCACAGUGAUGAGAUUGUGGUACUGCCCCGAGCCAAAUCCAUAAAGGUCCUGAAGGAGAAAGAGAAUGAAUUGGCUCGAAAGAACUCCAAGCCCAUGGUGGCCAAGAGGCGUAAAUCCGCCGAGAGCAUUGCCAGCUACCAGAGCUAUAUGGACACAAAUCUGUACGAAAUUAUACCAGCAUAUUCCCAAAUCAGUGCCUCGCCCACCCAAAGUCGUAGCUAUGAUGGUGACACCGCUUCCUCGUUGUCUUCCACCACAACUUUGAUCAACAAUAUGGCCGAAUCUCCACAGUCGCCACAACCAGGCCAACCAAAUUCCCCCCACCCCGAUUCAAAAGACACCUAUGAUUUGGAAUCUUGUUAUUUGACACCGUUAAAUAGUACCGUCUCCAGUUCGGCAGAUUUGGUUAACUAUGCCGAAAUACCAUAUCGCACGAAACGUGUCUCCAACGAUCCGUUGCCGGCUGUACCCCGAGAUCAAAGUCCAUUCGAAGAGAGUGCCAAUCGAGAUAUUGGUGUCAUAUACAUGCUGGACAGUCAGGUGUGAUGGCGACGUCGUGUUGUAGCCAAGGGGGAGGGGUAGGAGUGGCACAAUAAUAUUAGAUCGAACAUUUUGUGUCUUUUUAUGUUAAAUCACUUAUUUUUUGGAGGCAUUCCGAACUUAAUAAAGA